AUGACUUCGGAUAGCUCGUCCAGUACGUCCUCGACGCCGCCAAACGACGCCCGCCAGUGGCAGACGGUCUUCAGGGUCAGACUGAACCCGCAGCCAGCUCACAGCCAGGCUCGCCAGCUGGUGGUAGAGAAGAGGAGAGCCUCUGGGUUUCACCCUCGUCGAUCCCAUCGCAAGUCGAGGGCCGGCUGUCUUGUAUGCAAGAGACGCAAGGUCAAGUGUGAUGAGGCAAGGCCUGGUUGCCGGAAUUGCUCCAACUACGGUGUUGCAUGCAGCUACCCGGUAAAUCUCGAUGCUGGCAAUCGUACGAGAACCAUUGGUCCCCUGGGUGACCCUAGCAUGGUCAUGUUCUCCAUGUCUCUUGACAAUUUGACCACCAAGAUCGGCGAGACAUUGAGCGUGUACCUGGGCUCGGGCAUCCGUAUGCCCGGCAUGUCAGGUUCUGAUCGGCCCCUGGAAGUCCAGGCGCUUCGACACUUUGUCGGCUGCACUGUGGAAACCAUAUCGACCGUGUCAAUCCGUGAGCUUAUGCGAACGAAGGUAGUCCAGGUAGCGUUCGCCGCAGCAGAAGCCGAUCACUGGUUAAAAGCGAUCAAAAGCUAUCGAGAAGCGCUUUCCCACGAAGUUAGUGCUGCAAACAUAGAUGCUCUUUUGACUUCAUGCAUGCUCAUGGCAGUUAACUGCAUGUGCCCUGAAAACUUCACCCCAAAGGAUUCGUGGGUCCUGACUUCUGAUCCAUCAGCCAUGAAUUGGAUAUACCUCCAAAACGGCCUACCUUAUCUUCUGGAGAUCGGUGGCCCCUUUAUUCCUCAAAGUAUCUGGGGUCCUGCUUUUGUAGCUGCAGAGGAAGCUCACGACGAGUUACUGAACCAUUGUCCUCAGGGAAGGGAAGGCAUGAACCCAAAAUUGGCGGAUUUCUGUGGAAUAACAUAUUCGACCACAGCCGAGACUAGCCCUUACUUUAAGCCACUACAAGUUGUAAGCACGAUGCUGGAGAUGGAAAAAAGUCCUUCAACGGCUGGUUAUUUUUCGUCCUUCCUUGGCCAUUUGGACCCUCGAUUCCUCGAACUGCUGAGGGUCAGAGACACAAGAGCGCUCAUCGUCAUGGCCCACUGGAUGGGUAUCAUGUGCCUGAUAUCACACUGGGAGCCCUGGGUAGAGGGAAGGAUCAGGUCCGAAUGCAUUGCUAUAUGCAUCUAUCUUACUCCUAGUGCAGACACCCGACUUCUAGAACUGCUUAGGUUUCCAUCUAUUGCCUCAGGGUUUAUAGAUACUGAAUAA